AACGUCCGUGUUAGUAUCUAUAGGAGCAAGGGAAUCCAGACUGACAUUGUUCGGGCACAGCGUGCAGUCAACACUCCAUCAUGCUCAGCAGCAGAAUCUGCGCAGUGUUCAGCUCGCUGCUCCUCCUCGGGGUCGCGUGGACAGGCGGAGAUAUUAUAGGAGUCGAGCCGGAUGGAGUCAUUGAUUAUGGUGAAGCCGGCAUGCCCGGGUGGCGGCCAAGAUGCGAGUGCGUGCAAACGGCCGAAUGGGUGAAACCGGUGAGACGCAUCACUAAGAUCGCGGUUCAGGAGCCAAGCUGGUAUUGCAGCCGGACAGAGAUCAUGUAAGUGACCUAAUGGAACACACCGGUAAUAUUCAUUGUUUCAGCAUCGUCAACAUGCCCUAUGAAAGGACCAAACCCGACAAUGUAUCUGUCCAACUCUGAUUGAAUUUAUACGAACAAUAAUCCAGGCAAAUAUUAGUCAGAAAUGUGCACAUUGAAAAAUAAUCCCACCUCCUAGUUAAGACAGGCAUGGACAGUGGAAGUCAUUUCUCAGCAAAUUGAGCACCAAUAAGGUCAGGAAACAACUUGAACAUGGCUAAAGGCUCUUUCCAUACUGUGAUUAUUUAGUCAUAAUCACACUCCUGCAUUUAAUUUUGGGGUCAAAAGUGAAGGGGCGUUUGUCUCUGAUUAUAUGGAUUUAAAAGGGGCAGUUCACCCAACAAUGAAAUUAAAGUAUGUUUCCACUUACCCAGAUAUCUUUGCUGAGAUUACUUACAUUUUUUUAUUUUAUGCAUAAAAAUGAAUAAUCUAAAGCCAAGAUUCUACAGUGUGUUGGCCGUUACAUGCUUCAUGUCCUUUUGCUGUUUUUAACACUGCUGUGAAAGGGUUUAAUAAAGAAACACCUCAUCUUCUAAAAGUCACCCUUUACGCCACUGAUCAUACAAACAUACUCAGCCUCUCGUCUCAGUCUUGAUCCAUUUCAAAAUUAUUACAGAGCACAGCCCUGAUGACACACAGGUAAACUAUUCGCUACUAUUAUUGAGUUGGCGAUAUGUUAAUGUUUGCGCGUCUUAACAAGCCUAAAGGGGCGGUUACAAUCGGAACAGAAAACAGUUAGAACAGCGCUUUUCUGAGAAAACGACGAUUCCGCUGAAUGUGGGCAUUCAGGAAACGUCUGUGUUAGUAUAUAUACGAGAAAGAGAAACCAGACUGACAUUGUUCGGGCACAGCGUGCAGUCAACACUCCAUCAUGCUCAGCAGCAGAAUCUGCGCGGUGUUCAGCUCGCUGCUCCUCCUCGGGGUCGCGUGGACAGGCGGAGAUAUCGUAGGAGACGAGCCGGACGGAGUCAUUGGUUAUGUUCGCUUAGGAAUGGGCGGGCCGCGGCCAAGAUGCGCGUGCGAACAAACGGCCGAAUGGGUGAAACCGGUGAGACGCAUCACUAAGAUCGCGGUGCAGGAGCCAAGCUCGUAUUGCAGCCGGACAGAGAUCAUACUCACUGUGGAAAGGAACAGAGAGGUGUGCCUGGAUCCAGACUCAGAGCAGGGCCAAAAGCUGCAGCACUGCUGGAAGAGCCAUGACAUGAACGUAGCAAAAUCCAAGACGUGCUUAAGGAGUAAGAAGAUGAUCCACUAAGCUGACCACACAAGCCAUCAACGGAGCACAGAAUUGUACACAUAAUACAGCACAAUACUCUAGACAUGCUACUGAUACGAUAUCCUUGCUGCACCACACUGAGUCCUGCGUGCAGUUCUGGGGCCCACACUAUAAGAAAGAUAUAGGGGUGCUGGAAAAGGUUCAGAGAAGGGCAACCAGAUUGAUUCCAUGUAUAAAAGAUAAAGGUUAUGAGGAUAGACUAAAGAUACUGAGCUUAGUAAAAGGAAACUUAGGAGGGAUUUGAUUAUUAAUCCCUUGAAUGAAUUUUAAAAGCCUCAAAGUGAACUAUAGGCGAUUCUUCAGGGUCAGUUCGGGAAGCAGAACUGGAGGAUAAAUUCUGCAGAUACUUGGAUGUUUUUCCCCCACAGAGAGAGUGGUCACUGUGUGGAAUAGCUUGCCAGGACAUGCACAGGAACACUGGGGGUUUUUUUAAGACCAGGCUUGAUACGGUGCAAGAAACUAUAUAGCCUUUAUGUAAACUAAGCAGUACUUACGUGCUAGUGGUAAGAAAAGGUGAGCAUUGCAGGGCUGAAUGGUCUGUUCUUGUCAUUAUGUUAUUUUACUGUUGCCCUUUUAAUAUAAGCUGAAAUUAAUCACUGCAUGCACAUGCCAUUUUUGUACCUGUAUUUUAUGCAUACAAAUUAAAAAAUCUAAAGCAAA